UUCCUGCAUUGCGCAUCUCUAACAUUUGUAAGAGGCUUGUUGAAUCUUUGAACAAUUACAAAAAUUAUUUGAAAAAACUGACGAAAUACGAUGGCGGACGAAAGCAUAACGCGAAUGAAUUUAUCGGCAAUAAAGAAAAUAGAUCCAUACGCAAAAGAAAUUGUCGAUUCCUCGUCACAUGUGGCUUUUUACACCUUUAAUUCGGAUCAAAAUGAAUGGGAAAAAACGGAUGUGGAAGGAGCGUUUUUUAUUUAUCACCGAAAUGCCGAGCCAUUUCACAGUAUAUUUAUCAAUAAUCGCCUAAAUACAACAUCAUUCGUGGAACCCAUAACUGGCAGCUUGGAACUGCAGUCGCAGCCGCCAUUUCUAUUAUAUCGCAACGAGCGCUCACGUAUUCGCGGCUUUUGGUUUUACAAUAGUGAGGAGUGCGAUCGAAUCAGUAAUUUGGUGAAUGGCUUGCUCUUAAAUAAAGAGACAAAUGGGGGACAACAGCCGCUGGCCAUGCUAAACUAUCCCAAACCAGAAAACUCGAGCAUAUUUAACAUGCUGAGCCAGGCGCAAAAAGAAUACAAUGCACAGAUGAAUAGUCCACUGCAGCCGCCGCAGCCAUCAGGAACAGCAAUAAGUCAAACUGAUGCCAUGACUUCCGGCAACGUGAUGAAGUUCUUUCAAUCCGCUAAGCAGGCCACAGCCGAGGCACUGCUAAAUCGUCCGCAGCCUCUGUCGGUCGAUCAGUUGGAGAAACAGCAACGAUCUGUCACGCCAGUCGAGACGCCAAGCCAAUCAUUCGCGCAAGACGGCGGCGAGUUUGUGGGUGCCGCAGAAAGUCCACUAUCUCCAUUUCUAAAAGCAGCGUCUGGAUCGGCAAUACCGAGGAAUGCAGCUGGCAAGCCGCUAUCCUUGCUAAGUAAUCUGAGUUAUAAGAAGAACGUGAAUGAAUCACCAGCGUCGGCCUUAAUUGCAACUGACGAUGCCGAGCAGUGUCUGCGAAGAUUACUCGUUGGCGAUAAGCCAGAUGCGAAGCCAGCGCUGAUGCCGCCAACCAUGUUUGAUGUGCCUCCUGCGAAGGUGGUGGAAACAGAGCAGCUGGCACCACUUUCACAACCGCUGAACAGUGCACAAUUCGUGCAGGCCUUUACUUACCUUAUUCAGAAUGACAAGGAGUUUGUCACCAAAUUGCAUAAUGCCUACGUUAAUGGCUGUUCCAAUUCUUUGAUUGACUCAAAUACCACAUAUCAAUAAAUAAUACAAAAUCCUAUUUUUUUGUCGAAAAUAGCAAAAUAUGUGUUUCUAUUUACUAUCUGACAAUGAGGAAUCCCGACCAAAAUACCAAACAAAAUUAUAAUUGUAAAGUUUCAUUUCUAUUAUAUUUUAUUAGUUGUCACUUGUGAUUUUAUUUGUAUCACAAUUUAUAACAUAAAUGGCUCCCAUUGUUUGUCGUUUGAUUGGGCUUUGGUUAACG